AUGUCUGACUCGUCGGAAUCCCAAGAAUCCUUAAACGUCUACCAUUAUCUUCCCUCGGACGACAAGGAAUUCCCUGAGCCCCCGCCGGUGUACUCGAAACAUGCAGAGCCCAAGGUCCCUGAAGUGUACGAGGGUGGACCGGGCCUCCCACAGCUCCCGGCGUUCCUCCUUGCGCUGCCCGACGGGACCAUCACCUUGACGUUCAGCCAGUUGUACGGCCUGAGAGUGGCAGUCGAUAAUUCGUAUUCUCCUGGCAAGGGGACGGAAGUGGUUCCCUGGUGUUCACGACGAGCGGACGGGGCUUUCAUCCUGCUGCCGAAGUCCCAGAUGCGACAUGAAAUUACCAUGGUGCAUAUGUCUGGACAAUCCAAGAUCAAACACCUACAGCUUGUUCGGCUGGAUCAGAACUCGCAGCCUGAGACAUGGCAACCUAUUGUCAACCUCGCAGUCGAUGUCGGAGAGGAGGCUUUCAAGAGCGAGUCCUUCGAGCGCGCGCAGGGAAGAGUCUUCCUCGAUCUCAGGAUCGAUACGAGCUUUGCCUACGCGGAUGGGCUCGCAACAGCCACCGUCCUCAUCCGCCACCAGGACCGAAGACUGGCGGAAUUUGUUUUCCCCAUUAUUCCCGCGUAA